AUGCCGACGACUCCUGACGAGACACAACUCUCCGACGCAGAACGCGUGUACAAGAAAUCAUUCCUCGCAUUCGCGGUGGAACACCGGCGAGCGCUGAAGCGUCUUCCGCCCUGGAUGUGCGAUGAAUACCUUCGUGAGGAUGAUUGCCCACGGUUCCAUUAUGGACUAGGCGUAUCUCUCGAUCAAUUCCGCGCUUAUGGGAUCAAAUACAAGUUGUUCACACCCAGGGAGGCGAAGAGCGACAUGCUUGUCGUAUGUCAGGUGCGACGAAUAGUCGAUCUUAUUUCCAAACGCGGCAAAGUCAAGGCCAAGUUGCGCUACGCUAUCAUCCAACACUAUCGUUACACUCGUAUGAUCGCCUUUUACACGAACUUCAACAAGUACAAGGAGGAAAUGGCAUCGAACGAAGAGGCGAAGGUCGUCAAGCUCCUCAAAUCCGAGCUCAAUAUUCCAUCUGACUCGCAGCCCCUCUGGUACUGGGAUAGCGCCAACUCCUCUACGCUUCCUGAAGACCCUCCCAAAGCCGUUAAGCUGCACAUGCAGGUGACGCAGACUCAGGAUGAAGACCAAAAGCCGGUGUUCGAGGACGUGGACCCUGAGACACAGGCGAAGUGCGCAUCGUACGGUAGUAAGCCCGAAUAG